AAUCUCAAUACAACAUUAAUUCCUCACUUUCCUACAUUUCCUUACUCUCAUUUGCAAACUAGCUUUUCCAUUUUCAGCUUCCAAAUCUGCAUUCAACCCGUUUGGCAUUGUUGCAUCCUUUAACUAAAGGUAUUUGCUGACCAAAAGAAAAACAAUAAAAGUAUUUGUGGGGUUGGCUUUUUUGACAACAGCACAAUGGAUAGGGUGACAAAGAUGGUAUCAGAGAGGCCAGUGGUGAUUUUCAGCAAGAGCUCAUGCUGCAUGAGUCACACCAUCAAGACCCUCUUCUGUGACUUUGGGGUGAAUCCAGCUGUUCAUGAACUUGAUGAGAUACCAAGAGGCAGAGACAUUGAGCAAGCUCUUUCAAGGCUUGGUUGUAGUCCUUCUGUGCCUGCAGUGUUCAUUGGUGGUGAGCUUGUGGGUGGAGCCAAUGAAGUGAUGAGUCUUCACCUUAAUCGCUCCUUGAUUCCAAUGCUUAAGAAAGCAGGAGCUCUUUGGGUUUGAUUAAUCAAGAAUAUAUAAUUCUUGACCCUUCUCAGUCUCUAAUAAACAUGUUUUGGUUAUAUA